AUGGCAAUGAUCAAUCACUGCGCAGGCGGAGGUCUACUACUUAUCUCCCUCUGCUUCUUCAUGUUCGGGUUAUCGGAUGCAGCAGCAACUUAUAAUGUGAUGAAAUACGGUGCAAAAGCGGACGGCAAAUCAGACUCAACCCAAGCGUUUGUCAAGACAUGGGCAGCAGCAUGCAGCUCUAAUCAGACAGCCACCAUGUACGUCCCCAAAGGAAGGUUCUUGCUAAAAGCUGCAGUGUUCAGAGGCCCUUGCAAGAGUAGAAUUAAAGUUCAGAUAUACGGAUCCUUGAUUGCCCCUACUGAUUAUUGGGCGCUAGGAAACUCCGGCUACUGGAUCCUAUUCAUUAAGGUCAAUCGACUCGCAGUUUUCGGUGGUACACUGGACGGCAAAGGAGCUGGCUUUUGGGCUUGCAGGAAAGCCGGAAAGAGCUGCCCUGUUGGAGCUAGGUCGAUAACGUUCAAUUGGGCAAAUGACGUUGUGAUAAGUGGUUUAGUGUCGAUCAACAGUCAGCAAACUCAUCUUGUGAUCAACAGCUGCAACAAUGUGGUGGUCAGAAACGUUAAGUUGGUUGCUCCGGCUGACAGCCCCAAUACUGAUGGCAUUCAUGUGCAGAGCUCAACUGGUGUUACUAUCACCGGCGCAACCUUGCAAACCGGAGACGAUUGUGUAUCAAUUGGAGCUGGCACCAAAAACCUCUACAUGAGUAACAUCAAGUGCGGCCCAGGACAUGGCGUAAGCAUUGGUAGUCUAGGCAAGGAAGCGAACGAAGCUGGGGUCCAAAAUGUGACGUUAACGAAUGCAGUUUUCAGUGGAUCGGACAAUGGAGUGCGAAUAAAGACAUGGGCCAGGCCCAGCAACGGGUUUGUGACCAACGUUCUCUUCCGGAACAUCAUGAUGAGGAAUGUCGAGAACCCCAUCAUCAUCGAUCAGAACUACUGCCCAAAUAACAACGGUUGCCCUAACCAGACUUCUGGUGUAAAGAUUAGUCAAGUGACAUACAAGAACAUACAAGGGACGUCGGCAACGGCGGAGGCAGUAACAUUUGAUUGCAGCCCAAGCAAUCCGUGCAGAGGGAUUAGAUUGGAAGACAUCAAGCUCACAUACAUGAAUCAAUUAGCCACAUCUUCAUGCAAGAACAUCGAUGGAACCAGCACGGGAGUGCUCAUGCCCCAGAGUUGCGUCGCAAGUUGA